AUGCCUAAAACCAUCGCCAUCAUCGGCGCCACCGGCACCCAAGGCGGCUCCGUGCUCAACGCACUUCUCCCUUCGAAAGCAGACUACACCAUCCGCGCCAUAACGCGCAACCCGUCCAGCACCGCCGCGCAGUCUCUCGCAGGGCAAGGCGUCCAGCUCGUCCGCGCCGACCUGCACGACCUCACCUCCCUGACCACCGCAUUCGCAGGCACGCACGCCAUCUUCGCCGUGACCAAUUUCUUCGACGCACUCCCCACCCACGGUGUCGACGGCGCGAUGGCCCUCGAGACGCAGAUGGGGAUUAACAUCGCCAAAGCGGCGGCCGCAACCGAGUCGCUGGAGCACUUUAUCUGGUCGACGCUGCCAGACUCCCAGACCAACUCUGACGGAAAGGCGGCGGUGCCCUACUACGAGAGCAAGCGCCGCGUGGACGCGUUCAUCCGAUCCCUGCCCCAAUUGCUGGCCAAGACGACCUUCGUCUGGGUCGGCUGGUACAGUGCCAACAUGCUGAUCCCGUGCUUCCAGCCCAUGCGCGUCCGGGGCGCGGACGGCUAUCUCACCCUGACGAAUAUCGACCCGGUGACGAAGAUCCCGCUUGCCGGGGACGAGAAGGUCAAUAUCGGGGUGUUUGUUCGAGCGGUCUUGGAGCAGCCGGGUAAGACGUUGCCUGGCAGGAUCGUGUCUGCCGUUGUGGAGUAUCGGGCCCUGAGAGAUGUGUUCGAAGCGUUUGGGGUGGCCAAGGGGUGCAGGGUGAGGUGUGUGCGGAUUAGCAGGGAGGAGUACCGGGCGCUGUGGCCCGGGUUGGCGGAGCUGAUGGAUGUGAGCCACCAUUACUUCCAGGUCACGGAUGGCAGGUCUUUUACCGCGGUUGGGGAGGAGGUUUUGGGCGCGGAUGACUUGGGUGUCAAGGGGCUGGUGGGUCUCGAGGAGGCUUUUGAGAGGGUGCCUUUCCCGGGUUGA